CAGGACAAGGCUAUGGAAGCAGGUUUGUGGGGGGGCCCGACUGGGAAGGGCUGUUAGGAGAUCCCCUCCCACUCGCCAGAAAUGAUGGAACGCCGAAAGAGAGGGGCUGGGGACGCCCGUGAGAAACCUUUUGUUUUCACGAGGCCAGAAGCUGGCUGGCCCUAAGCGGAGGAAAGAGGUGUCAGGGUCGCCGCAAUCCCACCCCGGACCUCCCCACGGGAGGCCGCUUCCUCUGGCCGAGCUCUGUUGGGUCAGUUACCCGAGUAAUGCAGACGCUGCGUUUCCACCCCAGUGCCCGUGUUGCUCUCCUCCGCCCCCUAGUGGCGGGUUUCGGACGCGGCCUUCCCCGGUUUGUUUUCGCAGCUGGCGGCUCCCGGCCUCUGCUCCCGCGGCCCUGCCGCGUGCUGGUGCUGCUGAACCCUCGCGGUGGCAAAGGCAAGGCCCUGCAGCUCUUCCAAAGCCGCGUGCAACCUCUGCUGGCCGAGGCCGAAGUCUCCUUCACGCUGAUGCUUACUGAGCGGCAGAACCAUGCGCGGGAGCUGGUGCGUACAGAGGAGCUGGGCCGCUGGGAUGCGCUGGUGGUCAUGUCUGGGGACGGGCUGAUGCACGAGGUGAGACCUGCGUUACAGGUUGACUCGGGUGGGGUGGGGAUGGAGCUUCCCUGGUUGAGGCCACUCCUGCUCCAACAGGUGGUGAAUGGGCUCAUGGAACGGCCCGAUUGGGAGACAGCAAUCCAGAAGCCCCUGUGUAGCCUCCCAGGAGGCUCUGGCAAUGCUCUGGCAGCCUCCUUGAACCACUAUGCUGGCUAUGAGCAAGUGACUAAUGAAGAUCUCCUGACCAACUGCGCGCAGCUGCUGUGUGGCCGGUUCCUGUCCCCCAUGAACCUGCUGUCACUGCACACAGCCUCAGGACUGCGUCUCUACUCUGUGCUCAGCCUGGCCUGGGGCUUCAUUGCUGACGUGGACCUGGAGAGUGAGAAGUACAGGCGCCUAGGGGAGAUGCGCUUCACCGUGGGCACCUUCUUGCGUCUGGCAGCCCUGCGCAUCUACCAGGGCCAACUGGCCUAUCUGCCAGUAGGAAGUGUGGUCUCUAAGCCACCCGCCUCCUCCACGCUGGUGCAUCAGGGCCCCAUGGACACGCACCUUGUUCCCCUGGGGGAGCCAGUGCCCUCCCACUGGACCGUGGUGCCCGAACAGGACUUUGUGCUGGUGUUGGCACUGCUGCACACCCACCUGGGUAGCGAGAUGUUCAUGGCUCCCAUGGGCCGCUGCGCCUCUGGCGUUAUGCACCUGUUUUAUGUGCGCGCAGGCGUGUCGCGGGCCAUGCUGCUGCGCCUUUUCCUGGCCAUGGAGAAGGGCAAGCACAUGGAGUAUGACUGCCCCCACUUGGUGCAUGUGCCCGUGGUUGCCUUUCGCCUGGAGCCCAAGAAUCGGAGGGGUGUAUUUGCUGUGGAUGGGGAGUUGAUGAUCAGCGAGGCUGUGCAGGGCCAGGUGCACCCAGACUACUUCUGGAUGGUCAGUGGCUGUGGGGAGCCCCCGCCCAGCCAUGAGCCCCAGCAGAAACCAGCCCCAGGGCCUUUAUAACUCUGAGCCCUGUGGUGCCUUUGUCUGCUCCAUUCAGGCUGAGGCUGGGGUCCUCCCUCCUUUCCUGGGACAGAAGGGCCUGUCCACAGCUCAUGUGUGUGGGGGUGCUGGGGACCUCUGGAGAGGGCAGGAAGGUGGUGGAGGCUAUGCUUUGGUAGGGUGGGCUCUGCCCACCACAGUCCACCAGUCCCUGGGCAGAGCCCUGCUGGCUGGGCCAAUUGCCCGUGGAGGUUUCCCCUGACAGUUGAAUCCAAAUAAAGUGAC